CUCCUAAACUGGCCCUGGAUGCACAUAUCGACAAUUGUGAAACAUAUAUAGUGAAAAUGAUGAAUAACAAGCAACAAGCAGUUUAAAUUUGAAAAUAAAUGUAACAUAGUAACUUUGAAAGGAAAAAGAAAACAUAACAAGGACUUGGCCAUUGAUGAUAUGAUGAUAACAGAUGAUAACAUGUGGCUGAAGCUCAAAGAAGUGGAUGAUGAUGAUGUAAAAGUUGUUGUUGUUGAUGGAGAAUAUGAAAGUGAUAGCACGGAUAAUAACACAAAGACAGACUCUGAAUCUGAAAUUGAAGUCUUAAAAGAUGAAGUAAAACGCCUUCUCAGGCUCAAUUUAGACAUUUCGAACAUCUCUUUGGCAACAAACAAUUUGUCUGUAGCAAUAGAAGAUGUUACUAUGGCAACAGAACAGGAUUGUACUAUGACAGAUGAACAUGUUCACCAGUAUUUCAGUGCUCUACCGGAGGGUAAAGUACCAGCGUUAAACAGUGCCGGGGAAAAGUACCGCAUCAAACAGUU